AUGCGAUGUUUAUUGUUACAAGUUAUUGUCUUUUGUGGUGUGCAAGCUCUGGAGAAUCCAGUUCCGUCAUCACAUCUUCCACCGAGAAACUUUAAUCCUCAUCCAUACCAAAAUUCAGUUUUUUAUUCACCAAGUGACUUCCAAAACUACGAGAGAAAAUUUGAAGAAUUGUCACGAAGAUUUCAAAACCCACAAGCAAGAAUAAACAACAGAAUCGAUGACGAUUACCAAGAAGAUGUCGUCGAUCUAAUUAAAUCUUCUUCGAGAAGUUUUGACAAGAAACAUUACAAAUUUUCUUAUGCCGUCAAAGAUGGAAAGUCUGGUGAUGAUUUUUCUCACACGCAAAAGCAAGAAAAUGGAGCAGUUCAGGGAUCGUAUAAAGUUCAUUUGCCUGAUGGUCGCGUGCAAAUUGUCAAGUACACUGCUGACGAUAUUCACGGCUACCGAGCUGAAGUUUCCUACGAAGGUGAAGCUAACAUUCAUCAGCCUACAAAUUUAUUAGCUCCAGCCCAACAUACAUACACAUAA